GUGUGCGGUGCGUUGUUGCAAUCUAAAUGAAAAAUCGUGUAAAAUAGAUAUAAUUCAAAACUAUUACUAUAUAAAACAUCAAUCUCAUGACCUGCUUCUAGACGAUUUAUAUGUAAAUGUACUUCUGGAAAAGUCUUAGAGUAAUUUCAUAACCUCGUGCAUUAUUUGUGUUAACGAUUUAAGAUGCAGAAAGUAAAAAGAAAAAGUAAUGAAAACGAUACUGGCUCGCCUAACAAGAAGAAGUUUACGCCCAACAAGAUAAAAGGCGAUAGCGACCAAGUUGAAGAUGGAAAGAAUAAUAAAUUUAAGAAGAAUUUUAAUGAUAAAAGCAAGGUCCCCAACAAGUUUGGAAAGCCAAACUUUUCGAAAGAUCAAGGCAAAGGUGGUAAAGGAAAACCUUUUUCCAAAGAUCUAAGCAAAGGUGGAAAAGGGAAGCCGUUUUUCAAAGACCAAAACAAAGGAGGUCAUGGCAAACCAAACUUUUCUAAGGAUCAAACUAAUGGUGAAAAACCCAAGUGGUCAGAAAUGAAGAAAGAAAAAAAAGAACUGAGGCUAGUGAGGCGCAAGGCAAAGGCAACUGCUGAAGUUUUUGAAGUAUCACACAAAGCCAAGAUGUUAGCUGCACAAAUACAAAGAAAAGUUGUAAAAGCAGAAUUUAGAAUGCAAUCAUGUAAGGAACUGCAUGGUGUACUGAAAGGACAUUACAAAUCAAUAGCCUUGACUCAUGAUUUGAGCAGAGUAAUUCAGGUUCUACUUAAAUAUGCGCCUGAUGACAUAAAAACUGAUGUAACAGAAGAGUUAUUAGACUUGAUGGUACAAAUGGUACAGUCAAAGUACGGCCAGCAUGCAGUAAAACGCAUAUUGAAGUAUGGUACAGAGUUUAUUCGGCAUGAGGUGUUGAAAAGGUUCUUUGGCCACAUUGUGUCACUAGCUACACAUACCAUUAGUGCUCCAGUAUUAGACUAUGCGUAUGGCGAGUUUGCUACAAAGAAAGAAAAAUGCCAUAUGCAGCAGGAGUUUUAUGGUGAUAUUUAUAAAAAUACAAAAGAUGACAAAGUUAAGACCCUGAGUGACACAUAUAAGGAGAGUCCUGAAAUGAAGACUGCUAUCUUACAAGCUUGCAAAGCCAAUAUCCAGAAGAUUUUAGAUAAAAAUUUGCAUGAUGGAGAAUUGUUCCAUUCAGUGUUAUACGACUACAUACGCGAGUGCAGUGCGGAGGAUCGCGUGGAACUGAUCUCGACGCUCAGCUCCUACAUAGUGCCGCUUAGCAACUCAUUGCCGGGUGCUAACGCCGCCUCCAUCUGCGUUUGGCAGGGAACCAACAAGGACAAAAAGACUAUACUUAAAGUAGUAAAGGAACAUGCAGUGCCUCUCAGUAAACACAAGACGGGCUACCGACUACUGGUCGCCAUAUUUGAUUCGGUCGACGACACAGUGCUCGUGAAGAAAGCAAUCGUGUCCACCUUAGCUAGCAGUUUGAAGGAUAUAGCUAAGGACCACUGGGGCAACAUGACCUUACAUUGGUUAGUAAAACCAAAGGAUUCCGGAGCUUUUCAUCCCAGUUUUAUAAAGUUCCUUGAAGAAGGCGCUAAGAGCGGUACCUCUAAGAAGGACGCGGAAAUCCGUGUGUCAGAACUGAGGGAGGCCAUCCUCCCUGCUCUCAAAAAAGAUAUGGAAUCAGAUCCUGAGUUCUGGCUUAGUAGUAAGACUAAUAUGCUGUUGACUGUUGCUGUUUUGUCUAUAGACUCCACAAAAGAAAUUCUGGAAGCAUUAGCUAAAGUGAUCUGCAAGCCUGAUUGGCUCAUCACCGUAAAUGGCAAGGAGUUACUCGCUGUGGAAGACGCCGGCAUACACAUGUGUCUCAAGAAAUUGGCAAUCCUAGACAAAGAUAAGGAUGGCAACACUUUGGGUGAAGCUAUUUCUGAACACUUAGAAGAUGAGACUAUCAAGCUGUGGCUGCCUACAAACAGAGGCUGUUUCUUCCUCCUAAAACUAAUUGAGAGUAAUAAGGACACCAUAGCAUCUGCAUUGAAAAAGAAAGUUAAGUCUCAUGUUAGUACUCUAAAAGGACAGACUUCAGAAGGAGCUAAACAUCUGUUACAGAUUGUACAGAAGAAAUAAAACUUAUUUUCAACAA